AUGAACGGGGAUGAUCCUUGGUCCCAGGUGGAAGACAUCGACGGAGACGCGCACUACGUUGCCCUGGGCGUCGCGAGGGAUGCCAGUGAAGCAGAGAUCAGGAGUGCCUACCGCCGCAAGGCGCGGCUGCACCACCCCGACAAAGGCGGCGAUGACCAGACGUUCGCCGCGAUACAGAAGGCCUACGAGGUCCUGUCCGACCCCAAGCGGCGAGGCGUGUACGACGCUCUCCAGUCUGACCUGCGGCACCGCUACGUCGGGCCGAGGCGCGGCGACUUGUACCCGGGGGAGCAGGCGCGAGAGGCCGCGGUCCUGCUCGACGAGCUCGUGGCUCUCGGCCUCCACUGCGACCCGCGCUGCCAGCUCGUGGUCGUCUGCGAGGUCUGCCACCGCCCCGCCACCGCCGAGUGCUUCGUCUGUCGCAUGCCCAUCUGCGACUUCUGCACGCGCACGAGGCACUGGCGCGGGGCGUGGGGCCUCCACUGGCCCACCGUAGAUCGCCCAGGCAUGAUGCUGGAGCGGCUGGGGAAGCAGGAGUACGAGAAGAAGCGCAUUGACGACGCACGGCGCCUGACGCUGGCCGACCCCAACCACCGCUCAGAGCACGAGAAGGCCGAGACGCGGCGCUUCCUCGCGGCAGCGGCCGCGGCAGCCCGACGUCCGGACAGCGCACAGACGUACGAUCUCGGCCUCGCGCGGUACUACAUGUGGCAUCAGACUGACUGCUUGGUGCUGCUGGCCUGCUUCAUGCCAGCGCCGGGCCCGCGCGGACAGAGGCCCACCGUGGAGCUGUCUGGCGGGAGGAUCACGAUCGGGCAGCGCGGGGCUCCUGCGGUGGUGGAGCGGGAGUUGUGGGGCCCCGUGGCGCCCGAUGUGGCGGCGGAGGUGAUCUGCACCGUGGACGGGCGGGUGUGCGCGGUGCUGCUGCCCAAGGACGACGCCGGGCGGCGCGAGCCGCCGACAUGGGAAGCGGCGUUCCGCGGCGACCCGUGCGGCGCCCGCGCGCUCGUGCCAGGCGUGGUGGUGCAGGAGUCGGACGGCGACGUCACCGUGGAGGCCGCGCUGCCCGCGUGGGUGCGCGAGAAGGACGUGACGGUCAAGGUGGGGAGGACGGGGAUCGAAGUGCGUGUGCCGGAGGUUGUGGAAAUCCGAAAGGUGCGGCCGACGCGAUGA